UUCUCUUUCUUCUUCUGGAAGGAGGAACUAGAACCUAACCUCGAAUACAUGUGUUUUUCAUUCUGUACGCGAAAUAUUACAGUCGUGGACGUGCGUUUUGAUACGUGAUAACCGGUGCGUCGUCGGUCGCGUACGAAAAGAGUAUAGCGAGUUGAAAAAAAAAUGAGUUCAUCGAUGACGCGGUUUAAACCAUUCGCCAAAACGUCUUAUCCUCCUACGAAUAUGUGAAAAAAAUCGCCACUUUUUGGAUCCAGUUUCGCCUCGGAUUUCAAAAAAAAAAAAAUAUCGAAUUUUUCGCGUCUUUUUGGUCCACUUUUCCUAUGUUAUUUCGCGUUGACAUGUUCGUAUUGCGUCUAUGGUUAGACCUUUAACGUUUAUAAUCAUGUUCCCGAGAGGAACAUCGACGACAGCGAGGUGUAUUUCGCGACGUUUUUAUUAUUUCUCGAUUGUGUUCGUAACGUUAUGCUCGUUAUUGGUGUCAGUGCAAGGGGGCUUUUUCGACAAAAGCUUCUUUUUCGGGUCGUCGUCCGGUAAUUCGCUGUGGGACGAGUUGUAUGAAAAAUGUGGAAACCGGGUAUCCUUCCAUUGCGUACAAAGCAGACUGAUGAAUUACAUAAACACCACGUUAGAUUCCGAUCUGCACAUAACCGAUGGCAUUUACUUCGUCAAGAGCACCCAUCGAUUCCAAAUGAUGGAUUCGUCCACUCCUGCCACCAGCGAUGCUGUCUUCGGCAACAGCACGUAUUAUCAUUCCAGAAGUGGUCGAGCGGUCAAAAAGAACGUAGUCACCAUAACCGAUAAUAAUAUCGAAAACACCACCGAACCGUUCACGGAGGAGCCGGCUGAAGAAGAGGAAUUCGCUAAUUUCGUUCGAACUGUCGAAAAAGUCGAAAAAGAUAUCGAGCAGACUGAGAAAUACGAAGAAACCACCACGACGACAACGACGACAGAUAUACCAGUAAAUUCCUCAACGACGACAACCACCACAACAACAACAACUAGACCAAUACCUCCGUCGUUUGAAGAAGACGAGGAAGAUCAUCCCAAAGAUGAGAAUUUAGUCAUUAGAAGUCUAAAUAAAGUUACGGAUAUUUUAUACGAUAAAACCACCGAUUAUUUAUCCAGCCACGAUUUGAAGUUGGAUCUGCCGCAGACUUUGUUCGGCGGAUCUAAAGUCAGAAUAUCGCCCAGAGGGUACGAUGCCGAUGGAGGGAUUAUCCUCAAGUUGAACGUCUACCCGGCUGAGACUCCUAGGACGUAUCAUGUAACAAAAUAUAUACAUGAUUCUGGGGCUUCUUCCCAACAAGGAAGGUUACCCAACUCGCAGAAGGUUGGACCGAACGGAGCAACGCUAGGUCAAAAUAUGGACCAAAGAAGUGAAAAAACCGAAGUUUCAUCCAGAAAGUUCAAAUUUCUUAAUAAAAUGUUCAAGAAAAAACUGCUGACCAGUUUUCUCGCUCUAUUAUUAAUUAUAAAAUUAAUAAAGAUCAAAUUAAUGUACGUGUUACCAGUAAUCAUUGGCGUGAAUGCGGCCAAGAAAUUACUACUUAAAGUAUUACUAUUUCUAUUUCCACCGCUUACACAUUUAUUUAAGUUAUGUACAUUUUACCACGCUCACGCGGCCAAACUACAUUAUCAUCACCAUAAGAUUAAGCACCAUCACCAUCAUAUUAAAGUUCCUGUGCCAGUACCAGUGCCAGUACCGUCCCAUAAGCCACAUUCGCAUUACGAUGCUGUGGGACACGGAUCGCACGGGCACGACGAAUACGAAGGUCCGGGCAUCCUAGACCACGAGCCGCCAGCGUACGACGGUCAUCCAUCGUACGGUACGCCCGAGUAUUACACGAGGAACGAUAUGGGCAGCGUGUCACAGCACGGAGACGAGCUGGCCAGCUGGGGUUUGAAAGACUUCUACGUCAGUACAGAGUCGCCGGGUGUGCUUUCGGCGCAAGCUCAAGCUUACAGUCCGUACGCCGAACAGAAUUACAAAGUUUUGUCCCAGGCGUCCAAAUACGCCAACGCUUACAAAGACUCGCUUACCAGCGCUACCUCUUCUAAGAAAAAUAAGAUAUCGAAUUCAAUAUGGAAAAACAAACCAACUUUGAAGAAUACGCUUCUGACGCCGUACGAUCCGUUUUAUAGUCCGAUAUUGCAAAAGAUCGACGGUAUAUUUACGCAGCUUGGAUUCACCGAAGAAGGUUGCAGAGAGAGACUCAUCUGCAGCAUGUACAAAAAUCCAGUACGAUUCAGCCCGCACAGUAAUUUAUUAUCGACCGAAUUGAGCAGAGAUCCAGCCGAACUCGAACGACCAUCGCAGAACAACCCUGCUGCGGUGAGAUUCUACAGAUAUGUCGAAUCAGCCAGAGAUGGCCAAUCGCAAAAAGACUGUUUGUCUCUGUACCCGGAUUGCGUUGUAAAAACAGAAUAAGCUCCAUUUGAGAAACGAAUUAGUACACAUAGAAUCAUCGUAUUCGAUCGAGUCGUCGUAUAUUAAAAGCUGGUUUAGCGACUUAGUGACCAAGAUUCCGUUUAUAUGGAAUUCUUCGAACCAGUACACAUCUGCUGAGACUUGACUCACACAUCCGCACGUCGGAAACCCGGCUGUCCUGUAAGAUGAACGACAAAUUAUCAAUUGAUGGAAACUAUCACGAUAUUAGAUGAUGUCUUCGUCUAAUCAAUGACACUUGUUCACCAUUCGUUAAUCACAUCUGCCUAAUUAUUCACGAUUUAUUCCAUCAUUAUAAUUAGUAUAAUAUUACCAAAGUACCUAUGAUUUUAAUAACACCCUGUAGUGACAUACACAGUAAGAAUUACAGUACUCACCUUAUACUAGCGUACAUUGUAUAAUGGUUGUCACAUUCGGAACACCGAACAGCAAUUAAUUUGCCUGAUUUAUUUGUAAAAUCAAGAAAAAUCCACCGAAAAUCGACACGAUUCCGUUCAAAAAAUAAAAUGCAAAAUUUUGUUGACAGAAUCAGUGUUACCAUUUUCGAAACGCGAGUUUCUUUUCUCGAGUUUUUGGCCUCGACUUGUUGAUUUCAUGGAAGAUUUCCACCAAGAUGAAUGAACGAAUGAUUUUUUCAUCUUCCUGGUAUUUCCGCUUUACUUUUUUCAAAGCGUUUUCCGUUUUUAAUCGUUAACUUUUGUAAUUAUUACAAAUUACAAUUCGCUCGUGGGCCAAAAUAAGAAGUUUGCGUGGAAAAAAGAUACUUAGAAAAAUUUAAGUUUCCUUUUUCCGUGUAAACUCAACACGAGUGAUAAACUUUCGUAUUGUUUUCUUUAUACGUAUACGUAGAAGUAGAAAUAAUGAAAAUAAAACUUUCAAAUUUUUACUACAUGAUAACUUUCAGUAACUUUUAUAAUACAUUUUGAAUUUAUCGAUUCGUUGUUUGAUAAAUACCUUUUGUUUUCGAAUACUUUCAUUAUUAGUAUACCUAUUUUAUUAUACGUCGUUUUGUAUUUAUUUUAUUUAUUUGUACAUAAAAUUUAUUUAUUUUGUUAUGUAUUAUAAUUAUGUAAAAAGUUCAAAAUUCAAUUUGUGAUAUACUAUUUAUUUAUUUAUUUGCAUAUAUUACUUACGUUUUUGUUUUUUUCUUUUUGGUCGUGCAAAAAUAAAUGUUAUAACAAUUUCGUUAUAUUGUAUUUUUUUUUUUUCAUGCUAAUCAAAAUAAAUAAAAUCAAUGUACAAUUAAAUAAAUAA